UUUGCCCGAGACACCUGCGCCACCUAUAGUUUAUUUGAAUUGCGAAUUCCAGUGUUGCGGAAUUAAUUCUCACUCUUAAUUUUAUUAUAUGUAAAGAUUUGCGGAAACAAGACAAGUUUAUUAUAGGCCACAUCAUUGGCCACAAUCGAUCCAAAUAUUGCAACGCAUUGCCGAAAUAGCUUUCAUGUUAAAGCGGCUUAAAACGCUGGAGAUAAUGGAAGUCGAAGUUCUUAACUCGAAGAAUAAUAAAGUUUACGUUUUGGCUACAGAUAACGGGCUGCUUAUUUUCUUUUUGGUACUAAUAUUUCGGUUUAUCAAAUGUCAUGCCAAUUGAAUGAUUUUGAAUAAAUUGUAGUGAAGCAUUAGUUAAAAUGCAUUUGACUUAUUAUAUUCUUAAAUGAUUUGUUCAGCUCGGCUAAAAUCCUCCUUUGUCCUGCUUCAAACAACUUGUGUGUAUAUAGGUCGGGAUAUCGUUUCCUGUGUUUUAUUCAUGCAAUUUACUUGAUGAGUUCUUGAAAUGAAUGUAGAAGGUUUUAAGAGUGUACAGAUUUGUAAAUAAAGUGUUGCUACGUAAACAUGCUGUUUUUUUACUCGGAUAUAUAUUUUUGUGACAUUUACUAUUGGAUAGUAAAUAAAGCUACUUCAUGAACUAUAGACCAGUAAUUUGGAAGUUAUUUGGUUUCCAGUGCCCUGAAGUUUAAAAUGGAAGAAAAGACAAAUCUUAGUGAUGCAUCUGCUUCUUCCUCCAGUCCUGAUCCCUCUUCUUCCUCCAAAAUAACCGCUGUGGCACGUGUUCAGAGGAAUGUGGCUGAAAAACAAAGAAGGGAUAAACUGAAUGGUUAUAUAAGUGAGCUUGCAACAAUUGUCCCAAUAGUCUCGAAAGCAGCUAAACGCAUGGAUAAAACAAGUAUCUUGAGGUUGAGUGCUGCAUAUUUAAGAAUAUGUAAAAGUCCAUUAAGUGGAAGAAAAAGGUUAAAAUCUUUUAAAUGGUGUCCAUCUUUUUUAAACCCUGAUCAAGUUAGAGAUAUUCUUGAGUCUGUAGAUGGAUUUCUACUAGUUGCAGAGUCCAAUGGAAAAAUUCUAUUUACGUCUCGAAGUGUUGAGCGUUAUCUUGGUCAUCAAGAUAUUGACAUAGUGGGACACACAAUUUAUAUGUUUAUUCACCCAGAAGAUGUAGAAAUGGUUAAAUCUGAAUUAAAUAGUUUACUUUUUGCCUUUUCAGAAAAAGAUUGCACUAACAAAAUACCUCGAUGCUCUUUUUACUGUCGAAUGAAGGAGAAAAACCAACCUCGAUCAGAGGUUCAGACUUAUCAGUUUGUUCAUAUAAUGGGUGCUAUGACUCCAAUUGAAGAGGAAAGUGCUUCUGAAAAUUCUCCAAGAAAAGCCUCACCAACAUUUAAAGCCUUCAUCAGAGUUGUUGAUGCUGAUCCUUACAAUCAGCUGUCUCUUGAAGAAGCUAUUGCUGAUGAAUACAUUACACGGCACAGUUUAGAUGGAACAAUUAUUUUUGCUGAUCAUAGAUGGUACUUUCGUCUCAGGACUCUGUGACUCAUUCGACAGAGAUGCCAUACUGGGAUCAGAAGAAGCAAUCAGAUGAUCUGGAAUAUGCUUUCACAUUUGAUUUACGUAACGUUAUUAUAUCACCACCUGUUGUAACAGCUUGGUAAGAAACUGAACCUGUGCGAUUAAUCACCGUUGCUGGAAAGCACUUUGGACCUUGUUCCUUGCUCUGCACAAAAACUGGAUCGUUGACAGUUCUCAGUUUCCUCCUCAUCAGCAGUUCUGCAGGACUAGCGCCUAUUGUCAUGGAAGGAGUGCAUUGCUGUUGAAGAAGGAACUUUGCUAGACAUUCGUUUAAAGCCUGUUUAUCAAAAUUGAAAGUGGAGUUAUUUCGAGUUAACUGUGUAAGUGGAAGAGCGUUUUCAGCAAAAUUUUGUACAAAUCUUCUAUAAAACCCCAAUUAAUCCAAGAAAAGAUUUGACUUCCGUUUUAUUUUUUGGAAUUUUAAAACUAUCAAUAACUGAAAUAUUUGAGUCAUCGGGAUAAACUUUCCCAUCACUAAUUUGGAAACCCAAAUAUUUAAUUUUGGACAUUAAAAAUUUACAUUUAAUUUUAAAUUAUAUUGCCGCAGUCUACUAAAAGCAAGUUUAAGUUUUUCUAAGUGAUCAUGUAUGUUAUUUUUUGAAGCUAUUAUGUCAUCUAAAUAAACCGCAAUUUGGAGUGGCUAAAGGCCAGCUGAAACAAUUUGCAUUAGGCGUUGAAAAGAGUUUGGAAAAUUUUUUAGUCCAAACGGUACCCGAUUCCAUUAAUAAAGUACACUAUCGGUGACGUACGUGGGACUUGAAACUUUUGUUCACGCUAAUAUCCAGAGGUUGCUGGAUUUUUUGUUAAACCUCUUGGAAUAACGCUAAGUUCAGCACCGAUGUUUUUUUUUUAGCUUCCGCCUUUACACUGUCUUUUAUGUGUGCCCUCAUGGAAUCCAUAAUUAGUACUCCUUUGGAAUUGAAAAAGGCACCUUCUCUCUUCUUCCAAAUUUCUUGAAACUAAUAGAGCAUAAUGUCCUCGUUGCACCAACCCUUUUCAUCGCACCGUAUUACGACGCUUCGAGUAUUAAUUUUCCUUGGGAAUUGUUUUUUUCUUAAAGAUUAAGAGCGGCUUCAACUUUGUGCCGUCAGCACAGCAGGCGAGCUUUACUGUGAAAUGGUUCUUUUCUUGACCAGUUGUUAUUGAUACUGUUUUCACUCCACAAGUAUAGAUGAUGCGAUUCGGUGGACAAUCAAAUGUUAAUGGAACUUCGUCCAUAUUUAUAAUAUUUUUUAGGGAAUACUUCCCUUCUGCAAUAACUUUCCUUGUAAGCUGAAGGAAAGAAGCUUUUAUUUCAUCUACGUCGUCCAGAACAGCCUGACACAUUGUUGUUCUGCUUCGAACUCUCAAGUUUUUACGACGCAUGAAGCGGUAAACCCAAUUUAUUCCUCCCUUGAAAUCCGUUAUCUGCAUCUGUUCUGUCAUGGACUUCGCUCGGAGACGGAUUUUAACUGUUGAAAUGGAGUGUCCGGAAUUUCUUUGGUCGAGAACCCAUCUCAGUAAAUUUUCCUCUAAAGUUUGGCCAUUUUGCGUUUCCGUGCCGAUUGGAUAGCUUUCUGCCCAUGCUUUUUAACUCAUCCUUUUGUUUGCGCCAAUUUCUCACCGCUUUCUCGUCCACUUCAAAAUAACGGCCCACUUCUCUAUUUCUUUCUUUUUCAGCUUUCACAACUACCUUGGGUUUAAACUCAGCAGUAAAACUCCGACAAUGUUUCACAAACGUAAUGUUGGAUCAAUGUUAUCGAAGAUGAAAGACAAAAUACGAAAACAAAAUACUGUGCAACUUGCUUUCCUCGUGAUAAGUGGUAAUGAAAUACGACCUUCGACCCCACUCACUCGGUGUUGUCAAACCACGUGAUUUAGCAAAU